CAGAUAGGGGUAUUUUUAUUAAUCACAAAUAUUGCAAUAUAAUCUAUAUUUAACCAUGACUUUAAUGUUAUAGUACAGUCACACAUAUAUAUAGUGGGUAGAAAUUAUUGUGAGGCUUAGUAUAAACAACUAUACGGCUGUUAAAAAAGAUAAAUUGAUAAAAACUCAAUUCGAGAAAUAUGACAUCGUGUUCACUAAAGUCAUGUAAAGGUUCUGUGACUGCAGAGACCGGUAGGGUAGAGGUGCGAGCAUUUAAAGUCACAGAUUCAGAAAGAAAAGGUUUAAAGGCUGACUGGGAUGGGAAUGGUGAUGCAGUAUUUCAUCAACAAUGUUGGCGUGAUCUUGUUACGGCUUCCAAAACAUCUUCGCCUGAUAAAAGCCUUAGUGAACUCGAGGUGAAGUUAGUGAAAGAAGCAAAGAAGACGGCUGAAUAUCAUGAUUCUGAUUCUUUUAUAGCAAAGGAAGCGGAUCGCAUUGUUACAAUGCUGAAGAAAGCAAAAUACCCUAUAUUCUUUACAGGCGCAGGAAUAUCAACAGCUGCAGGCAUAGGAGAUUUCCGCGGGAAAGAUGGUAAAUGGACUGAAAGAGACAAAGCCAAAGAACACGGUGCUAAAGGGGGUAAAGUAAAGACAGGUCGGAAAGGAAUAAUGGAGUUACGACCCACAUAUACACACGAGGCCAUUGUUAAACUGUUAGAAAUGGGACUUUUUAAGUACGUUAUAAGUCAAAACACUGACGGAAUACAUCGUCUGUCUGGUGUUCCUCCGGAAAAGAUUUCUGAGCUCCAUGGUAAUGCUUUCAUACAAAAAUGUGAAAAAUGUGAAAAGCGUUUUGAUGUAAAUAGAAGUCACAGAGCGCUUACCAUGGGUGAGGUCAUGAAAGUUCCACCAAAGAAAUGUGAGCGAUGUCAUAUCAGUCAUAGAACUGGGAUGAUAUGUCAAGACAAGUCAUGUGGUGGUUAUAUGAUGAACACAAUCAUUAACUUUGGGGAUUACCUGGAGAGUCCGAUAUUAAAGAGCGCAGAGGAAAAUGCAAAGAAGGCGGAUAUAGUGUUCUGUCUGGGAUCAACAUUGAUGGUAACACCUGCUAGUAGCCUUGUAGAGAUGGGGAGGAAGCCUAUACGCCUGGUGAUAUGUAAUAGACAAGGAACGCAAUAUGAAGAAUACUGCAAUCACCCGGAUGAAAACGGUGAUCCAUGCGGAAGUAGAAUACACGGUGACAUCGAUAAACUUAUGAAAGCGGUGAUGCGUAAAGUUCUCACAGAAGAUGAGUUGAAAAAGUGGGAAGCUGCAAGAGAUACCCGGAUGUUAGAAUAUGAUCAAAAGAGACAGUAAAUAACUAAUUACGGCUAGAAUUUUGUCUUGUAAUACACAUUUUUCCAACUGAAAUGAAAUUAAGAACAUUUUUUACUCAAAUCAAAAGAAUACCAAAAUGAACCAGGAAAUUUUACAAAAUUACAACCACAGGUAAUAUAAUGAUAACAGGAAUUGUUAUGCUUUGUGUAACAUGUAAAUAACAAAAGUCUUUGUGUAUAGCGCCAUAAUUCUUACAUGGUUCUAGCAGUAUAUACCUGACAGCAGUGUAAUAGAGCAAUUAAAUGUUCACAGCUAUUUUCAUCAUUUUUUUAAUUGCAAUAUAAGUGUUUUGUAGUACAUUUCUUUCAUCGGAGAUAAACGUGUGCAAUAUAGUAACAUAUGCUACUAAUGAUUUUUAUUUCAUCUAAUGUCAGGUGUACUUAAAACGUGCAGUUAUUUCUCUUGAUCUUUCUUUGUGAUAAAAUUCUAUAUAUCUCUAUAUAGCACUAUAUAACUUCAAUUGUGGUACAUUUUUUAGAAGUUUGUUCUCGGGUAAGGUUGUAAAGGUAAUUGCUGCACAUCAUGGUGAAGUUCUUAAUCAUGAGCUUGAACUAUUUUAGUUCCAAGUGCAAUAUGCAGAAUCUGAUAGCGGACUUGUUUAUCAUUUAUUGCAAACCUUCAUGACUGUAUACAGGUUUAUAGAUUUUUCAAUCAGAUUUAAAAUGAAAGAGCUUAUGACGCGAUCUUAUUAAGGUACAAGUUUAAUGUUUUAAAGGUAGGAGAAUGAUUUAUUAUCCUAAAAACGGUACAAAUGAUAUGUUAGAACAGAAAGGGUAGAUUUUAUCAUGUCACUACAUAAAGUGAACAGCAAGGAUUAUUCUGGAGAUGCCGGCUAUGUUUUCUAGUUAUGAAUAUGUUAAAAGUAUUCGAUAAAAUGUUCUUUUUCUAACAACUGAACUGUAAAUAUUUAAAGAAUUAUACAAUUGUGAUUUUAAUAUGAUUAACUGCGAUAUACAUGUACACAUUUUCUUGUUUUGAUCUGGUUUUUUUUUGUUAUUUCGCUAGUUUUCGCAAUAUAAUCAUUAUGUUCACUUAUUAAACUUGCUUUAACUAG